AUUACAAACCGUGACACAGACUGACUUGUCACGCGCCUCAAUUAACUUGGAAUUAGGCCAGUUAAUGCAUUACAAGUGAAGGGGAAAAUUUCCCGUCUUAAGAAGACGCAACGCGAGUUUACAGAUUUAAUGGGCCAAACGGGGAUGGGUUGGAACCCCAUCACAAAAACUGUUGUUGCUACGGAAGAACAUUGGGCAAACGCGAUCCGGGUCCGAUCCCAGUGGAAAAAGUACAAGACCAACGGUUGUUCCAACUACGACAUCCUCUGCACGAUUUUUGGUCAAGCCGUCGCAACAGGGGUCUUGCAUUAUACUUCAACGCAGGAACCCCCUUCUAGAGAGGAGGAGCAGCACCUGGAGGAGGAAUUGAGGGCCCGAGGUCCCGUGUUGGGUAGUGGCAUUGGAUUAGACUCGACCAUUGAUUUGGAUGACAUUUCCAUGACUCCAUCGACGCAAGGAAGGGUCUCACAGCGAAGGACUCCUCGUAGGCGACGUAGGGACGCAACCGGACCAACAUUCUUACCAAAGCUUAGUGCUGCCAUACAGACACUUGAUGCCACUUCUAAACAACGGGUAGAGUUGGAUGCAAAGAUGUUUUAA